AUGCUCAAAUCUCCAUCCAGCCUAAACAGCCUUUCUGUCGAGCAGCUGCACGAAAAGUACGGACGCCCAGAGACCGUCGCCGUCUCCCGCGUCGACGGAGCCCCUCUGCCGCAUAAUAUCCCCGAAAAGGCGGUUCUGCCACUCUAUCUCGGCAAAAAAGCCCACGAAAUGUCUCUACCAGAGACGCGCCUGAUUCUCGCUGACUUUGGCGAGGCAUUCGCUCCCGCGUCCAGCACACGCCCCUGCGAAGACUGUCGGUCACCGUUGGCCGCCCGGCCGCCCGAAGCGCGCUUCGAGCCGCUAUCACCACUUUCAUUCUCCGCCGAUAUUUGGUGUCUCGCCAUCACCAUGUGGAAACUCGUCGCCAUGAAGCCCCUCUUUAGUGAUGAAUUUAUUCCACCCGACGCGGUGGUCGCACAGCAAGUAGACGUGUUGGGUCCCUUGCCACACCCUUGGUGGCGGCGCUGGGAGCAGCGGCAUCAAUUCUUCGAGGAGGACGGAAAUUCCACUCAAGGAGAAUACGCAUCGCCUCCUCUCGGCGAAGCAUUCGACGCCUGGGUCCAAAAGUACCGGAAAGAAUUCAAGGUGGGCGUGUUCUCGCAAGGAGAAAAGACGGCGUUUCUACAAUUGCUGCGCCAGAUGCUGUCGUUUGAUCCAAAGGACCGGCCAACGGCCGCAGAGGUGCUAGAGUCAGAUUGGGUAGUCGAGUGGGCGAGGCCAGACUUUGAACGGAGCAUCAAGUAG